UGUGUUCUUUCGUGAAAGUGUUAAGCAAGGAUUGAAAUUUAGAGACUUGGUUAGAGCAAUUAUAAGUCUGGGACAAAAAAAGUUUCCCAUAUUUAUCAAUCUAAAGUUUGUUAAAUGUAGCAGACUAAUCGCACUUCGUAUUUUAUCAACUUAAUCAGUUCAUUCACUCACAUGAUGCUGGAAAUCCCACACUUCUCUCAUCUAUUACGCAAUACAUGACUGUCUGUUGUCAUUUGCGAAAUAAAAGGCGAAGCAACAUCAACAAGGCCAAGAAGUAUCGCGAUAAGGUUCAAUAGUUCCGAGAGCUGCUCACUGCUCCCCUCCAGAUGGGCAAGAUCACUGAGUGCUGCGUGGCCACAGUGGGCGACAAGGAACUCUACCGGCCAGGUGAGAGUGUCAAGGGCACUGCCAGCCUCAAGGUCACAGGAGAGGUCAGGGCGAAGUCGGUCAAAAUCUUCUGUAUCGGACACGCCCUCACCAGGUGGCGGGAGUUCACACAAAGGUACUCAGAAGAUGAUUACGUGGGCAGCGAGUCGUACUUCAAUUACGUCCAGACUCUGGCAGGAAACGGUAAUGACACACUGGUGCUGACAGAAGGCUCCCACACAUAUAACUUCAACUUUCGGUUGCCUGCCCAAGGCCUGCCCUCUUCUUUUGAGGGAAGUAAAGGAGCUGUUCGGUACUGGCUGCACAUAAAAGUCGAGCGCCCUCUCCUCAAGUUUGACGAAAACUUUUACAAAUUCUUCACAGUCCUAAACAGAAUUGAUGUAAACCAACCGGUUUACAAGGGAGCUGUGAAUGGCAGUGCAAAGAAAUCCCUGUCGAAGUUCCUCGGAGUGGGAAAUGUCGGUGACUUGGAGUUGUCGGCUUCCUUAGACAGAACGGGCUACUGUCCGGGAGAAACUAUCUUUAUCAACCUGGAAGCCGUAAACAAGAGCACAAAGGACUGCGGGUUGGUCAAGGCCACACUGUUUCAGCAUGUGGAAUACACAGCCAAUGGACACACAGACAAUAUAACUACAGCCAUCAGCUCAGUGGUCGGAGGGAAGUUGGGUCGUGUAUGUAGUCUUUGCGAUAGUGGAAGUUCCCAUGGGCCUUGAUCUGGAACUGAAGCUCCCCAUCAAAGUAGGUACGAUCCCUCUAGGUGUGCACCUGCCCUCCACCGCUCAAAGCGACGGCCAAGGCUGUUUUUCCUAUAGAACCGCAGGGCAUGUACGAAAUGCUAAAUGCCGUGAUGGAGUUGAGUACUUCCAUAAAGGACAAGGCAUCUUUGUCAACGCAGAAUACACCCCAAUGACUGUCUGCGCCAGAAACGUUCAACACCAACCAGCUCAACCAGCUCAACCAGCUCAACCAGCUCAACCGACUCAACCGCCCCAACCACCGGCUAAUGCCCACGUCACAGCACCCCCGCUUACUCCAAGCGCACCACCUGCUGACAAAUUGGAGAUGGACAAACUGUCAGCAUCAGCGCAGUCUAUGACUGUUCAAGAGCCAGGUGCGAAUGUACCACCUUUUGGAACACCCGAUGACCGCCCUCCGUCCUAUGAAGAAUGUACCAGAACUGCGACUGUGAUACCCCAGGGACCCGCCGGGCCGGGCAAGGGGGCUGUGUUACUGCUGUUGUGCAGACAAGAGUCACUGCAGAAUGUUCGCGAAGCGGUCAAGAGAAACAUGGGCAACCUCAGAGCGAAUGGUGGCGUAAUUUUGGCCUUCAAUCACACU